AUGGGACUUAACUACAACUGCAGCGAUUAUGGCAGCGGCAGCUCUCCCGAGACGUUCUCGCCGUGGGGAAGCCAUGACUCUUGGCUGCCGCUGCACAGACGACCAGAAGAUAACAGCGUUAAAAUGGAGCGGUGCUCCAGUUUCAUUGAUGUAACAGCCAAGAGCUCCAUGGAGGCUGUCAUGCAUGAAUUUAGGAUGAACGGUUCGGACUCGCCCUACGAUCCUGAUGAAGAAGCUUUCAUCAGGCCAACUGGGUUGUUGGGGCUGGGCCCGUCCAGUGCGUACUUGCGGCAGAAGUCGUGGCCGGCGCCAGAACGCUCCCCUAGUCAGCGACUGCCUCAGAACAGAACAAUCACGCCAUCUUCCUCCAGUCCACCACCCAAUUCUCCUCACAUAUACAGGGAGGUUGCUCAUGCGCCCCCCUCGCCCAUCAACUCCCCAUCCGCGAUGCUGACAGCAGAACAGUUGAGGGUCCUCAGCUCUUUGCCAAAGGUGGUCCUCAAGUCCCUGCUAAGGGAGCUGGAGAAGCGAGACGACAUUAACUCCGCAGUGAGAGGUUACGCCCAAUGUGCAGUUCUUGUGCGUUCCAAAAGCCCGCGUGGCAUUGAUGGCGUCGGUGCUACCAAAUUGGGCCUCACUACUACAUUGGGCCUCACUACUACAUUGGAACUCGCUACCACAUCGGACCUCGUUACCACAUCGGACCUCGUUACCAUAUCGGACCUCGUUACCACAUCGGACCUCGUUACCACAUCGGACCUCGGCGCGCGUGGCAGUGGCGGCGGCGGUGGCAGCAGCGGCUGCGCGUUCUGCCGCAGCAACGGCGAGCGCGCGUCGUGGUGUAACGCGCACGUGCUGCGCUCCGGCGGGCGCGUGCGCUGCCCCGUGCUGCGCGCGCUCGUCUGUAGACGCUGCGGCGCCAAGGGCGACCACGCACACACCAUCAACUACUGCCCCUUCGCCUCGCCCGACGAACGCGCGCGAUCGGCCGCCAUGAUGCGCAGCAUUCGUUCAGCUUCGGGCCGUCGCCGUGCGCAGCAGCUAGCGCCAUCUGUUGGCAGAGAGUAUGUAAGAUUUGGCGAUCCAACGCCAUCAGUUAUCCAAGACAUGAACGAGUACAAACACGAGACUCCCCUUGAUCCCAUCUGGGCGGCGUUGGAAAAGAAGCUUAUGCUU